AAGGAAAUGUUAGCAUCAAAGUAACAGGUAACGCUCUGCUCUUCCUUCUCCAUCACCAUAACAAAGCAUAAGCAAUGUGAUUUUACAACUGAAACACGAAAAUCCAAAAAAGAGAAAAAGAGAAUGUUUAGGUUGCAUAAGCUAAAGUCUCAGAAAUCUGGAGAAAGACUCAAUUUCAAGUUCUUCAACUUUCAUGCUCUUCAGGUACCAAAAGGAUGGGACAAGCUGUAUGUGUCAAUAGUGUCUACAGAAACAGGAAAGACACUUACUAAAUCAGGGAAAGCAUCUGUAAGGAAUGCAAGUUGUCAAUGGACAGAGACUUUAUCAGAGUCUAUUUGGAUUUCCCGCCAUGAUUCUUCGAAACAGAUUGGAGACUGCUUCUUUAAGCUUGUUGUCUCAAUGGGGUCGGCUAGAAGUAGUAUUCUUGGAGAGGCCACUGUUAAUUUGGCUAGCUACAAGAAUUCAAAAACUGCUGUUCCUGUUUCGUUAUCGCUGAAAAAAUGUAACCAUGGAACCAUCUUACAAGUGAGUCACCAAUCAAGUCUUUGCGAUAGAUAUGAAGUUUAUUUACUACUAGAGUAUCUUAUAGCUUUUCGUUUUCAGGUCAAAAUUCAAUGUCUAACACCAAGAGCGAACCUCAGGGAGGAGCAGUCAGAAGAGACAGAUUCACAUAUGGAGGAUGUGAAUGUUGAUUGUGAUGAUGUGGAAAGUAAAUCAGAUGUUUCUGAUAAUUCAUUGACCAAAAGUAUUGGAUCCUCUUCCAGUAGCCAUUUGGAUAGUUCAUCCCAUGCAGGAGAACUACUUAAUAGGGAUUUCAGUUUCUCAGCGUCAGGUUCACGUUAUAGCUUCGACUCGACAGACGGUUCCUUGGGUAGGGAAACUUACUCCCCACUAAAUAACUUAACUGGCAUCAUGAAUAAUCAGAUUGGAAGACAAGAUUCAACCGGCUCCCAAAACAGUUCUCACGGAUCUUAUUCUUUUAAUGAUUCUUCAAGAUCAAAUCAAUCAUCCUUUAACUCAAAGGUGUUGGCCUCGCGAAGCAGCCUUCAGAUUCAAAGGGAUGAAUUUAAUCAGGUUUCUCGGUCUGUUGCCUCAUCACCCUUGCGGAAUGCAGGUUCAUCUAAGGACCUUCUGGAAGCUGCAGAAGCUAAAAUUGAGGAACUUCGAGCUGAAGCUAGGAUGUGGGAACAAAAUGCUCGAAAGUUAAUGAAUGAUCUAGAAAAAUUGCGUAAGGAAUUAUCAGACCAGUCAAAGUGCCAGGCCAGUCUUGAAAUGGAGCUUUCAGAAUCACGCAGAGAAUGUGAUGGCUUAAAACAGGAGAUUGAGCAAGUGAAGAUCUUGUUGGAGGAAUCUCUGGUGAAGCAAAAAUCUGCUGAGAAUAUGGAGCUUCAGGCCAAAGAUAUGGGCAAUCUUCAGAAAGAAUUGGAAGAUGAAGUGAGGUUUGAGAAAGAGUCAAAUGCUAACUUGGCUUUACAGCUAAAGAAAACCCAAGAGUCGAACAUUGAGCUUGUUUCUAUACUUCAGGAACUAGAAGAUACUAUAGAAAAACUGAAAAUGGAAAUUGCUAAUUUAUCAAAGGUCGAAUCCAAUGAUAAGAAUGUUGGAGAGUGCACCGCUGUACUUGAGCAAAAGCCAAAUGAGGAAGUUUUAGAGAAUAAUACGAGCGAACUCUCCUGUGUUUCAGUUCUGGAAAGCAGUACUACUGUAGGGGACUCACCUGCAAGUUUUGGACCAGAGGACAAGAGGAACACAGAGCUGGAGAUAAGGGAGUUUCAAGAAUUACAAAAUAAUUUAGAAUGCACUAUCCAGUUUCUGGAAAAAUCACUGCAGGAAAAAGUCCAAGAGUUAGAGGCUGCAGAAGUUUUGAAGACUCAAACUCUAAUGGAAUGUGAAGCUCAAUGGAGAGAUAAGUUAGCUGUAAAAGAGGAAGAAAUCAUCAAUUUGAAAUCAAAGUUAUCUGAAGCUCUCAAGGUUGAUAAUUUUGAAAAUGGAGCCGAUAAGAAUCUGAUUAAAGAGGUUGAAGUUCUGAAGCAGAAGAUAGAGGAGCUUGAGAAAGAUUGCAAUGAGCUUACUGAUGAAAAUCUAGAACUUCUUCUUAAGCUCAAAGAAUCAGAAAAGGAUCUCCCCAUCUGUGGUGCUUCAUCUAAUCAUUUAUCAAAUGAAUACGAAGAGAAUAGUUCUCUUUCUAUCUCUGAAUCUGAAGUAAGCAAAAUGAUAUCCCUAAAAGGCAUGCUUGAAGAAGAGCUGAACAAGAAAGAAAUGUUUAUUGAACAACUGUCCACUGACCACUUGAAGAUCCAAUGUACAGAUCUUGAAAAGAAGUGUGCUGACCUGGAGCUUCAUUUACAGGAUUUCAAGGACAAAACAAGUUACCUUGAUGGUGAACUCUCUAUAUAUCAUGCUAGAGCAGAAGAGCAAGGAAUUGAGAUCACUGCACUACGACAACAACUGGAAUCAUUCCAAGGGAAGGAAACUGAGACAAAGAGCCAUCUCACUGACAACUUUAAAGACAUCAUGAUUUCCCAGUCCGAGGAUGCUGUUGAAAUGUCCAAAACACUAUCCGAGUUACAUGAACAGAUUCAGUCAUGUCUAGCCAAUCUAAAGAAGCAACAUUUUAACUUGUAUAUGCCUGCAAACACUGAAUGUUACUAUAGUUAUAGCAACUCACAGAUUUUAAAUGGUACAGAUUCGUGUUGUCAAAAAGAACAAGUUGUGACUAUCUUGAACAGUUUCAUCCAGCUAAAAGAUUUGUUUGAAGCAAAUAUUACCACAUGCAAUGGUGAAGUAAAGCAAAAUGGAGAAAUCAGAGCAAUGGCAGCAUAUGUUAAUGAGGUUCAGAACAAAUUGGAGGAUUCUGAUUUAAUAGCGAACACUUCUAGCACUUCUAGUUCGGGAGAAAAGAGUCUGCAAAUGAAGUCUAAACCUGAAAUUGCAGGUUCAAGUAAGGAGAUUUUGGAAAACAAAUUUGAGAUAGACAAACAUAAAUCUGAUAAUUUGUUGAAGGAGCAAGAGGUGGAAGCUCUAAGAUGUUGCCAAAGGCAGUUAGAAACUCAAAUCUCUAUUCUUCAAAAUGAGAAAAGGCGGUUGGAGGAAAACAUGGAAGUUGUGCAGAAAAGAGGUAUGAUGUCAUCAAGUUGCUUGGAUGAUUCAAAUAAUGAAAUUAUGAUGUUCAAUAGUAGUAGGAUGAUGUCAACUGGCUUGGAUGCUUCACAAAAUCAAAUAUUGGUGCUUAAUAGUAGCAAGGAUUCCCAUGUUUCAACCAGUGAGAUUCCUACAAGGAUGUCAGAGCUAGAAAGCAGCAAAAGUGAAAUGGAAAUCCACUUGGCUGAACUAGAAAAAGAAAAUAUAGAGUUAUCAGAACGAAUUUGUGGCUUGGAAGCACAAUUAAGAUACUUGACUGAUGAGAGGGAGUCGAGCCGCUUGGAACUGCAAAAUUCAGAAUCAUGUGCUUUAAAUCUCCAAAAUGAAAUGAGAAGAUUGGAGAGUGAAUGGGAGACAGACAAGGGUGAUAGAAAGCAAAAGUUGCAGGAAAUGCAAAACAUGUGGUUAGAAGCUCAAUCAGAGAAUGAAUAUCUGAAAAUAGCAAAUCUAAAAUUACAAACUACAGCUGAAAGUCUUAUUGAUGAGUGUAGUUUGCUUCAGAAAUCACUAUUAGAGCUAAGGAAGCAAAAAAUAGAGUUACAUGAGCAUUGUACAAUCUUGGAAGCUGAACUGAGGGAGUCACAAAAAGGCUUUUCUGAUAUGUUAAAGGAAGUUGAAGCUCUCGAGAGAAAAUAUAUUUUGAUUUUGGAAGAAAUAGCCUCAAAAGAGAAAGCCCUUGCUUUAGAAGUAGAUGUGCUUCUUCAAGAUAACAAACAGUACAAGGAAAAACUUGAGGAAGAGACCUCGCUGAAUCAGAUUUACUUGGAGAAGGCAGUUGAAGUUGAAAAUCUUCAAAAAGAGGUUGCACACAUUACUGAACAUAUGUCCACUACUUGCGAUGAAAAGGAAAGAACAGCUGCAGCAGCUGUUGUUGAAGUAUCUAGAUUACGUGCAGAUAGAGCUACGCUUGAAGCUUCAUUACACACUGUCAGAGGAAAACUUAGAUUAUCUGAGAGUAACCUCAGUACCCUCCAGAUGGAAUCAGAAACAAAAUUGUUAGGACUUCAGAAUGAGCUUGCAGCUUCCAGACAAAACCAGGAAAUUCUGAUGGCUGACAAUGAAAAGCUAUUGGAAUUGUUGGAAGAUGUGAAAUCCAAUGAAGAUAAGUAUAAAAGUAUUGUUAGGGGGCUUGAGUUAAAACUUAAGGCUACUGCAUAUGAGGGGCUACAACUAAAAGAAGAAAUUUGUAGCCUUAGGGUUCAAUUGCAGAAAACAGCAUUACUUGAAGAUGAAAUUCUGGCUCUUAAGAAAUCACUUAAUGAGGUCCAAUUCGAAAAUCAAAGACUGGAAGUUUCACUGCAGAUGCUAUCUGGGGAUUAUGAAGAGCUCAUGGCUGCAAAGAUGCAACUAUUACAGAUGAUAUCCGACAUGCAGAAGGCUGUCGCUGAAUUAGAGCACUGCCGACGUAGUAAAGUUUCCCUUGAGGAAAAGAUUUUACGGCUGGAAGGGGAUUUAACUGCAAGAGAGGCACUUGGUGGUCAGGAUGCUGAGUUGAAAAAUGAGUUGGCCCGAGUUAAACGAGCAAACAAUGAACUACACAGGAAGAUAAGACACCUUCAGGAAGAGAACCAAGAGUACAUUCAGAGAACUCAAACUUGUGAAGGGGAGCUAGAGCAGAGAAUAGAAGCAAAACAGAUUUCAGAAAAUUCUAGUGGUGCUAGUCGACACCUUUAUCCAGAAUCCAAUGCCAUUAGUAAUUCGACCUCUGAUGAAUUGAAGCUCUCACAGGGUGAUGUCAAAUGUAAUUGUGCUCCUGGAAGUUCCCAGGUUAUAGGAAUUGAAUAUUUGUCAAAACUGCAGCUGCUAGAAACUAAACUAGCAGAGGCUUUGGAGGCAAAUGACAUGUACAAAGUGCAGCUAAAGAGUUUCUUGUUGGAGGAAUGCAGCAAUCAUUCAAAUAAAGCAGGGAAAGAGUUCGAGGGCAGUGCAUCCACUCUUGAGAUAGAGUUAAGAGAUUUGCAGGAACGCUACUUCCACAUGAGCCUUAAAUGUGCAGAGGUUGAAUCUGAACGUGAGCAACUAGUGCUGAAACUCAGGACUGUCAGUAAUGGAAGAAGCUGAUUUUUCUUCUUUUUUUUGCCAGGGUCUUCAGUGUCUACUACCAUUACAGAUUACUAUUUCUUUUUCUUUUUUUUCCAAACUAGUGUAAUUCUUGUAGAUUCUGUAACAAGCCAAGCGUUAUUCAAUUGAAAAGAAUAACAUCCAUAUAGUUCAAAGCAAUCCAUGAGGUAGCAAAGGUUGCCUUACUGUAACAACAAACACUUGCAUGUUUGAGAAAUGCAGCCCUAACAAUCAAUAGUAAGCUUCAUCACAA